UGUGGUUCUGGUUCUGAUCGGACUGAGACAGUCUGUGGUUCUGGUUCUGAUCGGACUGCGACAGUCGGACCUGCAGGACAUCAUGUCAGUCCUGAGGACAGCCGUGUCCCUUCUCCUGCACCUGGCUUCAUUUGCCGCAGCCCCGCUGCCGUGUGAGAAGAUGGUGGUCCGUCUGGAGGCUGAGAUCCGGGCUCUGCAGAGCGUGAUCAGUGAGCAGCACCACUACAUCCUGGAGCUGCAGAGCAGCCAGACCCAGCAGCUGCAGCUGGUCCCCAGCAGCCAGCUGGGCCUCCAGAACCUGUACCGAGACUGCUCCGAGGUCUUCGCAGACGGGAAUGUGGCGAGCGGGCUCUACGUGAUCCGACCGGACGGCUCGCCCACGGCGCUCAGCGUCCACUGCGACAUGAACAACGGCGGGGGCUGGACCGUGUUCCAGAGGAGGAGGGACGGCAAGGAGGACUUCGACAGGUCCUGGGUGGAGUACAGUCAGGGCUUCGGGGACUCCUUCUCCCCCGACGGAGAGUUCUGGUUGGGAAAUGAACCUCUGCACCUGCUCACCUCACAAGGAAACUACGACCUGCACAUCAACACAGAGGACUUUGAGGGGAACCGGCGCUUUGCUGAGUACAAGAACUUCCUGGUGGACGAUGAGCAGGACCAGUACCAGGUCCACGUCGGGGAGUACUCGGGGACCGCCGGUGACCCUCUGGCUGACGCCCGUGACCUGAACCCCAACAGUCCCUGCAGGGGGGGGAUCAAGUUCAGCACCUUCGACCACCCAAACUACCAGGGGGCUGACGCCGACCAKCGCUGCGUCCGCUACUCCAAGUCCGGCUGGUGGUUCUGCAGGUGUGGCUCAGGUGAUGUCAACAAUCAGAACUUCAAAGGUCCGUUUGAGGCCAUGAGCGAUGACGGUGUGGCCUGGUACAUCUGGCACGGCUGGUCCUACGCCAUCAGGUCUGUGGUGAUGAUGGUCCGAGCUGCCGAUCUCCAGCAGGCUCCGCCCAGCGCCGAGCAGUGGGCGGUCCUUCCUCGCAACGACCAGUAGGAGGAAGAACAGGCUCCGCCCCCAAAACCUUGUGCUGCUCAAAUAAAACCCUCUGACAUCAUGUGAUAGUUCUCAUUUUAUUCUGUGAAAAUAAACUGACUUCAGGACA